UGUGGCUGCGCAACGCUCGCGACCAUGAGCUUUGACUUUGAUCCCACCAGUCCUCAGCAGCAGCUGGAUCCCAACCCUGACAUCAAUGACACGGGCUUGCAGUGGUGGAGCAACGAAACUCGAGAAAAUGCUGAGAGGGCAGUCAUUGCUGCACGGCAAGCUGACAUGGCACUGCAUGUGGCAAAAACUGCUUCAAACAUGGCCAUCGCGGCUGCUGGACAUUUGAUUAGAGACAACUUGUUGGCGAACACCAAGAUGUCUAUGCGAACCUAUUCCAAGCUGAUGAAAGAGCCGGAUUAUGUCCACUGGGAUGGCGUUCUGGGUGGCCGGGACAAGGAGAGGACUUUUGGUUUACAAAUCACAAACGAUUCAGCUGUCUGCCAUGGUGCACAUGGCCACAUCAGGAGCAUCCAGCACCACAGGCCAGCCAUUGCCCAUGGCCAGUGAUGGGGAGCCAUUCAACCAUUCAACCAGUGCUUCUGAUUUGUUACCAUGCUUUGAUGCUGGCAGGUGACUCAACCCGAGGAAAGUGGUGUGAAGGAUGUGAAUUCCACGAAUUCCACCCAGUCUGAUCUCCAGGAGAGUGUCAAAGUGGCGUUCCAGGCUCCGUUACUUUGUACCUUGACAAGGAAACCGCGGAGACGAGUGAGUUGCUUCUUGUGAAAGCUAGGCCCUGGCGGCAAAGGACGCCGAAGCCAAAGGCGCUUCAAGGGUGACCGCACCGCAUGAAUCGCAUUACGCGUGUCGUAAA